AUGUAUGGAUGGCUACUGGAGAGCGUCCAGCAUUUUAUUGUGGAAGAAUGUGGCGAAGAAAUAUGGGAAACUAUACUCCGGGAGUCUGGGGCCAGGAAUACCGCCUUCAGUGCUAUGCAGCAAUAUCCAGAUGCAUUAAUGCUGCGUCUAGCGAGCGCUCUUGCUCGAUUGAUCACCAGGGAUACAAACAGUCCCGCCCCAUCCAGACCAAGCAGUCCUGCUCCUAGGAAACAGUCAAUAAAAACAAAGCCAAACUGGCGAAGCGCUUCAGUUCACACCGACAAUAGAACACAGAGUUUCAAAUGUCCAUUCACAGCAACUAACGCCUUAAAAAAUGUCACCAAAAAGGAAAUAGAGGCUUACAAAUCGUCGGAAGAAAUAAGAUCACCCAUAGCGGCGUCCACAGGAAAAAUAAACGAAGUUAGAAUCAGUGAGGAAGCUGAAAUUGUCGCCAGAGAGUUCCAUAGGAGAAGUCUGGGUAUCAAAUUUGAAAAUCACAAAGUUAAGGAAACAGUUGAGGAACCAAUACCAGAAACAAACCAAACAGAAGUCCCUGAUUCAAGUGAAAAUGUUGAACCAGAAGCAACAACUGUUGAAGCAGCCUCCAGCCAAAUCGAGAUGCCGAUGUCUGAACCAGCCUCUCCAGAAACAGAAACUGCAAAAAGGAACUCUAUUCUGAAGUCUUCAGCUCGUAAAACUAGUUGCACUUCUGCUUUAGAGGUGUACAAACGUCGAGGGUCCAUUAUUCCCCCUCGACCUCGUAUGAAUAGCCUCAGCGUUGUAAGCGAAGACAAGCUGUACAACAUGAGAGAAAAGUUCGGCACUCCUGAGAAGGUGAUGCACUUUUUCGGAAGGUGUUUCGUCAAGUUCUUCAGUAAUUAUGGUUACGAUAAAAUGAUCCGUGCGACAGGACGUUACUUCUGCACGUUCCUGCAGUCAGUGGACAACAUACACCAGCGUAUGAGAUUCACAUUCCCGCGCAUGCGCUCUCCCAGCAUGCAGCUCACUCGUGCGCACAGGCACGGUGCCGAGCUUGUAUACAGCAGUGGAAGGACUGGGUUUACACAUUAUCUUAUGGGACAACUAUACGAAAUAGCCGAAGACAUAUUUUCGUUGAAGCUGAAAGUUUCGGUGGUGAAGGAAAGCAUGGAGGGCAACUACUAUGUAGCGGUACUGAGACUGGAGUUCGAUAACAGUGAUUAUGUCCAGUCUCUAAUGCUGCGUAAGUCCCUGCCCUGCCCUCUGCCGGCGGUACCGGCCACCUUACUACUGCAGCUGUUUCCGUUUGGAGUGCUGCUCGACAGGAGAAUGAAGAUCCUGAAGGCUGGAGAAAGACUGGUAGCAGCCUGGGGUGGACCACUCAAUCGCCUAGAGAAGUCUGCAAUCUCUGAAAUUUUACGCCUGAGGAAACCUAAAGUACCUUUUACGUGGGACAAGGUGGUGUGCAUGCAGACCAUGAUCUUCGACUUAGAGUUGCUACGCUACCGCUCUCGAAACUGUGCUGAAGUGAGGAGGGGUUCACAAGGAGCACGCUCCAUUCUUCUACGAGGACCUAUCUAUCUGCUAGAAGAAAUAGACGCCCUCAUAUUUCUAUGUAGUCCACUUUUCAACGACCUCGAUGAACUUCAUCAAGCUGGUAUUUUCCUAGCAGACAUGAACGGUCAUGGCCUUUCUAAAGAAAUGCUUCUCCAAGGAUGGCAGCACGUCUCUCGACUUGAACUGCUGUUUGAAAAGGCAGAAAACAGGAGUUUAUCUUUAGAGAAGUCUUGUAGGCUUCUGGAUCAGUGGAAGAAGCGGGGAGAUCAAUUGUUGUACUCUAUGAUACCGAAAGGUAUUGCUGAUCAUCUACGAGCUGGGAAGGAUCCUAUGGCCGCUUGUCAGGCGUUUGAAAACGUCACAAUAAUAUUCUGCGCCGUACAACUGGCGGAGGCAGGUACCAGAGCUGACGUGAUGCAAACUGUCGCCUACAUGAACGACGUAUACUCCAGGAUCGACAGGCUGCUGGAUACACAUCGCGUUUAUAAGGUGGAGACAGUGGGUACUGUUUACAUGCUGGUCUCUGGAGCUCCAGAACGGAGACGUGCGCAUGCGGCUGCCGCUGCCAGCGCUGCCCUCGCCAUCUCACGAGCUAUCCCCGCACUUACUAUUGGAAUCCACACGGGACCGGUCGUUGCUGGCGUGUUGGGACUGCGCCUACCACGGUACUGCUUAGUAGGAGACACCGUCAACACUGCCAGUAGGAUGCAAACUUCUUCAGAGCCUGGUCGCGUUCAAAUAUCAGCAAUCGCAGCAGACCAGCUACCGGCUGGAAGAUUCAGGCUCCGCCGGAGAGGUCCUAUCAAAGUGAAGGGCAAAGGUACAAUGGAAACAUUCUGGUUGGAAGGUGAAGUGGAGGAGGAGGAACAAAAUGAAGCACUGCAGCUGUUCUCAGUAUUGUGUGGCGAUAAUUGAGCGUCACAUAAGUGUGGACAAUUUACCCGUAGAUUCAUUAUUAAAAUUCUAUUUUCCAUAUGUAUUAUAGGUAAAGGUUAGUUAGUAUAAUAUCUGUGUUAGGAGACACUUUUUUUCUGAUGAGCUUAAGCUCAGUUACAAAGAGGUUCUGAAAUAUAUGUAGUAGAGGUCGAACUAUGUAGCUAGUCAAUUAGUUUUGAUCUUCAGGGAACCAGUGAAUUUCCCUGGAAUUUGGUUAUAUGACAAUUCGAGGCAGCAAAUAUAAAAGGUAAUACUUACUUAUCUUUUUAUUUUUUGUUGAGAUUAAUGUAAGUAAACUUGUUAAUUUUAGUUGUCCUCCAGAAUUAAUUAAUUUACUUGUUAUGUAGAUAAAUUCUGUUUAAUUAACUCUGAAAUAGAUAACCCACUAAUGAUUCUAAAUAAGCCUUAGAAUCAAAAUCACGUUUUUAUCCAAUUAAACUCACGUUUACUCAUUUCUUAAACAAACUAUGUAUGUACCUAGUUGCUAAGUAAUCAAUAAACGUCAUAUUCUGAAUGACCACAAUUAAAUUUUUUAUCGAUUAGCACUAAUUGAUAACGAUAACGAUGACUUACAAUCGUCAUAUUACAUCACUAGUUAUCGAUAUCAGUGUUUCGAACGAUCGAUUGAUUGCUCUGAUUCUCUGAUUAGUGAUUACAUUAAUUAUUUGAUAUACGUAUGUACCUCAUUUAAUUUAUUCGAAGGACUUUCUAUAUUAUUACGGUGGUUCUAUUUAUUUUUAAAGAAUUGUAAAAAGGCUGGGAGAUUGAAAUCAAAAUACAUAUUGCUAAUGUAGUAAUAAUUUAAUAUCAACAGACGAAUUAAAUUCGUUUUAAUUUUUUGUUGCUUUUUUUAUAAUUUCUUUCAAUUAGGUACAAUAUAGUGUCUUAAUACUAGGCUACAUAAUUAAUAUCAAUCUCUAGUUUACAUGAAAAUUAGAUAUUCACUUUUGUAAUUGCACAUGUGUAAGUAUCCGAUUAAUCGGUAAAAUGUCGAUCUCGAUACCGACAACCAUCUUAAUUACAAAAGAUUACAUCUUCUUUUCAUUAAACCGAUAAUAGUAUUAUCCUUACCAAUAAUAGUAGAUACAAUAAUUAUUUAAAUUCAUUUACAAUCACAAUAAAACAAAGUAAAAAUAAAAUACAUGUUCUGAAACUUAUCGUGCGUUCUUCAUUAUAUUUGUAGACAAAUAAUAAAAUGUGUUUAUUAAAAAUAAGUAACAAAAAUUAUUUAUCUAAAUUACAUAUGAAAUCUGAUUGUAAAUUGGAUUUUCUUGGAAAGUCAAUAAUAUUAUAAAGGAUAAUAAAUUUGUUUGCUUACAAAGUGGUGUUCACAUUUUUUUCCUGAUAAUGAGUAAUAUUCAAAAUGGGUUUUAAAUUGUGCAAAUAAAAUUAUCACUUUUAAAAAACUAUUUAAGUAUU